AUGCCGGCAAUGUUGCGGACUCCUCGUCGCCAUGAGGAAAUCUUGACGCACCGUACGAAUCGCAGUACCACGGCAACAGCCGCCGAUAUCGAGUCGGAUUCCUGCUUUGAUGUGCAAGAUGAUACCAAGAAAAACCUCCACGAUGGCUUUCAUUUUUCCACUAAUACGAAUGGUGGCAGCCCAUCAUCCUCCUCUCCUGUUUCAGGAGGAGGAGUGUCUUCCGGAAGGCUUUCUCCCUCGACGACAAUUCCACAGCGUAAGCGACGAAGACGGCGGAAAGGUGGAACUGCCUGGAAGACUGGAGCUCUGGCGAUGGGCGUCAUGCUGGUGCUGUUGACCGUGGUGGGUCUGUUUCUCGAUAUUGAAUCGAGCCCGCAACAGCCUCACAUGGUGAUGAGGAAAAUGACAGAAAGUCCUCCUCGGUUUCAAAAAUAUUCACUCGAUGCUCCCACUGCCUGCAAUCAAGAGCUGAGUGCCGACGAUGUGAGCUAUACUCUGGUCACACAAGUUUCUUCUGAUCGACUGUGGAUGAUGGAACAUCAAUGCCAGCGAUGGCGACUUCACAAUGAAACACAUUUCCCAAUUUCCAUUGCCGUUCUCACCAACGAUACCACAUCUCAUGUCCAGCAACAAUUGCGAGAUAUGGGCUGCGACUUGGAUCAUGUGGUUACUGUGGCAACCUUGUUGGCCAAACUGUUCCCAUACGAUGAUUAUCCCGUCAAUAUACUGCGAAAUUUGGCAUUGAAGGCCGUCAAAACAAGUCAUGUCCUCUACAUUGAUAUUGACUUUUGGAUGAAUCGAGACUUGUCCCAGAUUUUGCUCCUACCAGACGUCACUGAAAAGUUGGCGUCCGAUCCAAAGGCUACUCUAGUGAUACCUGCCUUUAUGCUACUUCGUCAAUGUAAACAGUGGAAGGAAUGCCCCGAACAGAAUAUUCCACAAAUGCCCAUGACAUUGGAUGGAUUGAAGAAACAAAUCCUAUCACACGCUGUCACACGCUUUGAUCCAACCAACCGGGGCGGUCAUGGCAGUACCAAAUACAAGGAAUGGUUCAAACAAAACUAUCCCGAUGGAGAUGCACUCGUCGAGAUUGAUUGCUUCUUGUCCAAUCGAUACGAACCGUACCUAGUCUUUCGCUACUGUCAAGAGCUACCACCCUUUCAGGAUCAAUUCUCUGGUUACGGAAAGAACAAAAUGACAUGGGUCAUGCAAUUGCGACGGAUGGGCUAUACAUUCUGGCAACUGGGAAAGGGAGCCUUUGUCAUUCACUAUCCUCACUUGGAUUCCCCCUCUCGAGUGGCAUGGAACGAUGCUCCCAGGAAACUCAAAGAUCCAUCCAUGGAUCAGUGGUUGGUCUACAAACGAGGGAGAAUGGACCAGCUCUUUGUCGAGUUUCGGGAAUGGCUGAGGAACGAAGUGCCUGAUGAGACCAAGACUCCCUUUUGUGCGGAUAAACUCGACGAUGAUGCCAACCUGCGGUAUGACCGAGAAAAGUUUCGCAAUCAAACUGCCUCUCAGAAAAGACUUUCCUAG